AUGGCACCGCCAGAUUUCCGCCGUCCGUUCAAGAGAGCGGCGGUCUCCGAUCAACAGAGGCGUCGAGAGUUGACAUUAGAGAGGCAAGCGCAGUCCCGACAUGAUGCCCAGCAGCGAGUGCGUAAUUUGGCAUCCACCAUUAUCUCUCUUCAAUCUCAAGAACCCGAUGAUGCUGAUGUUGUGCUCGAACCCUACCUGGAAGAAUCUGAAGCUCCGCCGAAGGAGCUCGAUAUCCGGAGGGCGUCUAGGAUGAGAGGAGAGCAAGUUCGCAAUUGGUUCGCCAGACAGCUGAUGCUUCCGGAAUGGAUGAUUGACAUACCCGAUAACUUGAGUCAAGACUGGUACGUCUUCGCCAGGCCGGCAGGGAAGCGCUGCUUCGUCGUUGCCUCAAAUGGAACGACGGUUAGCAGGCAACGGAACGGGUCGAUCUUGCAUUGUUUCCCUUCUGCUCUCCCAAACGGGGCGAAGACGAGAGAACCAUCAGGGCCUGCACAUUCCUAUUCCAUUCUCGACUGCAUAUUUCACGAGGGCGAUCAAACAUACUAUGUGAUAGACAUGGUUUGCUGGGGAGGCUGCUCUUAUUACGACUGCCCGGCCGACUUCAGGUUCUACUGGCUGAAUUCCAAGCUUGAGGAGAGCGGGGCAUCUGGCCCUCCUUCCUAUUACCAUAAAUACAGAUUCAGCGCAGUCACCCAUGAGAAGGGUCUGCCUGCUGCAUAUACAGAUGCAACGCCUUAUGUUAAAGACGGUUUGCUUUUCUAUAACAAGCAUGCACAUUAUCAAAGCGGGAAUACGCCCCUGGCAUUAGUAUGGAAGGAUGUCAAAUGUAGUCAAUAUGUUCUUGACACAGACAGCACCGGUCAGGUGCCGGACCAACAACAGGUGGUAUUGGAACUACAAGAGGAUGGAAAUCUGAUUACAUCAGAUGAUCCUCCCAUCAUCUUUGCCCGUCUGAAUUCAGAGUUCAUCCAACAGUUAGGCCUGCAUUCCGGGAAUUUUGUGCGCUGUGCAAUUAAUGAUGGUGGGUUAAGCUUUGUGGAAGGUAAGCUUGAGAAAGCAGAUCUAAAGUAUAUUGGGAAGUGCAGUCGAGGACGUGCUUUUGCAGAUAGUUAUUCGAAGGUUGUGUUUCAGCAUAUGGCUAGGCAUUCUCCGCUGACCUAUGAUGAUCUGCUAGUUGCUGCUAACAAAGCACCUUCAGAUGUCGAGAUGGCAGGCUGA